UCAGACAAAAUCAUAGUAAAAUAUUCCAAAAUUUGUGGAAGUAGUGUGACAAAUGUGAAACAGGUAUAAAUUCCCUUGCAAUGCAACUGUACAGUGCAAAAACUACUGCAUGCAUGACAAACCCAAGCACAGAUAUAAAUUAUUUGAACAUAUUUCCAUAUGUUUAUAAUCUUUACCCCUGUAUCAGAUAUUGAUUCCUUGUGUAUUAAUAGCAAAUAAUCUAACUUGGUAGACGUUCAGAGGAAAGUUGUGGGAAAUCUAGCAAAUGUCACUUAUUUACAGAGUUAUGUUCAGUCAGAUUUUUAUUGAUACAGGUUUAAAAAUACAAACCCAAUAAAUUAAAUAGAUAUUUUGGGACCUGAAGAUGCUUCAAUGGCUGCUGCUUAUGCUUUAGGGCCAGAAGAAUAAUACAAAAAAGAGUCAGUCCCUUUACAUACGCUUAGAUGAUAGCUUUCUAAAAGAAACUGUUUAGGUAGUCUGGUGUUUGCUGAAUCUGUAGUUAAAUACACUUCUCAGGCCUCCAACUUCUUCUUUUCAUUUUCAUCUUUCAUUAAAGAUUUUUGACAAAUGUUGCCACAAUCAAGAAUGUGAAACAAUUUGCGAGAACAACAGAGGCAUUUAAGUAUAUGUAGUUAAAAAAUGAUAAAGAUUAGUUGUUUUAUUUUGUAAAAAUAAAACAACUAGAAUUGGAUGGUGAUUUGUGUGAAGGUGUGCAUAUCAGAAUGCUCCUUCAAAUGUGAAAUUCAGUCUACUGUUCAAGCAAUAAUGAAGUAAAAAGAGGGCAAGCCAAAACAUGUGAAAUAGUGGUGGAGAAUGACCAGUGAACGGGGGCAAACAUACAGAUCCAUUCAGCAAAUUUGAUUAUUACUGACAAGUUCAUUUAUUUAAGCAACUCAAUUCACUAAGUGAUACAUAUUAUAUAGAUAAAUUACACACAGACUGAUGUUUUCAAGCAUUUUUUCUGUUAAUUAUGAUGAUUUUCCACGUACAGCUAAUGGGAACAGGACAUUUUGAUUAGAAUACUAGGUUUAAUGAAAAGUAGGUUUAAUACCUGCAUAAAGGUUGUUAUUUUUAAAAGGUACUUUUAAUAUGACAAGAGGACCUCACUGUUUGCAUUUUCUAAUUUAUUGAAUAUGACACAAUUAUAGAACAAGCCAAGAAAUGGAAUAGAUAUUUUUCUUUUUUGUCAUUUUAUUGGUACUGAUGUUUCUUCGUGAUGAGUUCAUUCCCAAAGAUGGUCUCAGAAGAGAAAGCAGGUUUCUAGAAGAGGCUUGAUGCAGGUGGGUUUAGUUUUUCUGCAGAACCAACCACAGAUCCACACAAGAGGAGCAAUGCUUAAGGGACUGGAUUAGUUUGGCCAGAUUGAUUCGACACAUGAAAAUCAUGCAGCAGGAUUGGUUGGACCAAGCAAGGAAAACUUUGAAUAGUGAAUUCCUCCCACCCCCUGCUUUGCUUGUUGUUAUGCUCAGCCUUGCCAUUCUUUAAGAGAACGCUCCCCCAGAUUCAAUCUUCUCCUGAUCUGCAACCAUGUAUGUCAAGGCUCUUCUGUUGCUUCUCACUGGAUCUGUGGUCAGUGGAGGUCAUCUUCCCAAAGCUGUCUGGCAGUUUGCAGAGAUGAUCAGUUGUGUCCAACCUGGUGUUAAUCCUCUGAAUUAUAAUGAAUACAGCUGCUGGUGCGGUUUAGGUGGAGGUGGAACUCCUGUGGAUGAUGUGGACAGGUGCUGCCAAGUCCAUGAUAACUGCUAUGGCAACAGCAAAACGAUUCCUGAAUGCGAGGGUAUUUUGGACCUUCCCUAUGUUAUCAUUUAUGAUUUCAGCUGCUCCAACAAACAGGUAGAUUGUUCAGCGACCAAUGAUAAGUGCCAGGCUGCAGUUUGUGAGUGCGACCGCGUGGCGGCUCAUUGCUUUGCUCGACACGCAUACAACCCUGAUAACAAGUACAUUGAUCCUAAAUUAUGUGCCAACUGAGUCACAUGGAGCUCAGAGCUCAAAAUGUGUAUCACACACAGCUGUCUUCCCAAUCUUAUCUGUUUCUCAUUAGUGAUUAUUAAAUAAAAGUAACUGAAUAAACUAUUUGUCUGCUCAUGUUUCAAAAGGUCCAGUUAUUCCAGUACAAAAUAAAUGUUAUUGCUAAUUUUACUUAAAGCUACAGACCACUUAAAUAACUAAAGCUACAACAUUGGGCUCUGACUUUGGUGAAACAGAACUUCUAUGGACCUUUCCUUGCUCAUCAACAGAUGCAGGCCCUAGCCCUGGUUGCUCCUGACCUGAAGAGUCAGAACCAAGCAGCAUAAAAUCUGCAUUUUAAAGUGGGCAGGUAGGAUUUGUUAAAUUAAUACCAUGUCUAGAGGAACUGCAGCUUUUACUGUUGUCCAGGUCAACUCUCGUAUAAUUUCAGCCUCACUAUAUUACCAUUUAUACCCUUACAUUUACAUAAUUGUAAAAAUAAAUCAGGAUCAGAAAAAGUAAUCUUACGCUCUGACCCAGUACAGAAAUGAUCCUAAAUCCAACAAAAACAUAUUCAGAUGUUUGACCACAACAAAUCAAAAGAUAACGUUACAAGCAAAGAUUUCUGCAAAGCUACAACACAAUAACAGACAUUUGAAAGAUGAUUACAUAUUUAAUAUACUGCUACAGAUUAUUAAUUUACAGCCAAUUUACUAGAAGGUGAGGAAGAAUAAGUGAUUUAACUUAUUCCAAUAUGGCAGAGAUUUAGAUCAUAUUGAGUUUAGCUCAAAAAGUCUUCUUUCUCCACACGUUUUAGGUCUGGCAAGAAGAGUAUUAGUCAGAGAAGCAACCAAGAGCUCCACAGUAACUCUGGAGGAGCUGCAGAGAUCCACAGCUCAGGUGGGAGUAUCUGUUGGUGGACAACAAUUAGUUGUGCAAUUUAAAAAUAUUUACAGACCAUCUUCAUCCAAUGUCACAGAAUUUGAGUUAUUUUGCAAAUGCAAAUGAGAAAACAAAAUCUGAUUCUGGUGGAGACAUACCCAAAAAGGCUUGCUGUUGCAAAGGUCUCUACAAAGCGUUCACUCAAAAUAUGACAACCACAUAUCAACAAUGAACCAUUUUCUUUCACUUACUGUAUCACAAAAAAUACAUGCAAACAGCGUGUGGUGACAUGACCAGAUUUGGAGAAGUUUAAGGAGUAUGUAUGAAAAUGUACUGUAUGUAUACAGUCCAUGCAAACAUGACAGACCCCUAAACACAAAUAUAAACUAUUUUAAAAUACAUACCAUAUUUAGAAUCAUGAUAUGUUCUACCAGAUGUUGUUUCUGGGUUUUUAAUAAGAAAUCCUCUAAUGUGGUUGAGUGCAGAGGAAAGUCAUGGAAACUCCCCAGGUGUCAUUUAUUUACACAGCUGUGCUGAGCGCUGCAAGAUAAUUACGAAUACGAGCCUGAAAAAUACAAAGCUGAGAGGCUUUAGAGGGACCAAAGAGAAAAAUAACUAUAUUAAGGAAUUUUUGUGGACAAUGGACCUCACCAUGCUGCUGCAGGACUGAAAGGACAACACAAGGACUGUUUACAACCCAGCCAUACAGUACAUACAGUCUUGAGAUAAGAUCCACAUUUAUGUUGCAUAAAGAUAUGACAAAUUAAUCACAGCAAACUACACAAGACAAAAAUGUAUUGUAAAUAUCAGGAUAUCAGGGAAGUACAAAAUGUAGACAGAAUGAAUCAUCCAUGGACGAGUGAAUGGGUGCAAAUAUACAGCAGGUACAUCAGCCGUUAAACACUCACAACAUUUUUCUCUGUGAUUUUGUCCAAAUUCACCGUUGUUCCCUUUUUCAGCACGGUGGUAAGUGCCAUCAGCUUCUAUUCAACAAUGUCCCGAUACAUUUAAUUCUGACAGUACCGUAUGCUGAAAAACAAAGCCCACCUCCAGGCUUUACUGUUGGUGUUUUUGGGGUGAUGUCUGGUGGCAUUCCUCCUUCAAACAUGUUGUGUUCAAUAACAUGCAAAGAGUUCAGCUUGGACUAUUUUGUCCCAGUAUUUCAUUGGCUUGUCCAUAUGUUCUGCAGCAAACUUUUGACAAGCUUUAAUGCAUUUGUUUCAGCAGUGAGUCUUGGGGAUUAAGAGUGUAUGGUCACUGAGUCUGCAUCAACUCUUGUGAUUAUUUUUUACUCCUCCUCCAGAAACUUUAAGAGGAGUAUCUGCUGGUGGUUCAUGGUGAAAUGGUGGUCAAUGGAACAUUCAGAUGUUUAGUAAUACAUCUGUAACUAAUGCUGUUAGUAUAUUUUGCAACAACAAGGUUUUUUUUGGGGGGGGGUUUUAUCUUAUUUUUUACAGGUAGGUUAUUUGAGAACUAAUUUCCAUUUGCAAUGACGACCCGGUCAAGAGGCAGCAUGCACGGCAGCUGCAACUUCAGAACACAAAACAGAAUUCUGAAGGUCUUGAAAGAGCUCUUUGUUUUUACCUUACAUUAGCAAGUAAGAAAAACUGUAUUUAUAUAGCACCAUCAGCAGGCUCUGAUCACAAGACCUCAGGGACCUGCUGAGGUCCUCUGGAGUUAUUUCAGACUCUCACUUGUCUUGGGCAACUCAUAUAGAUGAUAUUGUGGCCAAAAUGGGUAUGGCCAUGAUAAGGGAAUACAUUACAUACCUACCCACUACUGUGGCUACACAUGUUGUACAAUCUGGUUUUGAAAUAUCUGGAGUACUACCCAGUUAUAUGGUCAUCUGCUUUAUAAACUUCAGUUGGCACAAAACAGAGGAGCCAAAAUUGUUCUUAAGUGCUCACAAAGGACAAAUGUGGCCUCAGCGCAUAGGCGCCUUUUAUGGCUAACAAUUACUAAUUAACUUAAGCUUAGAUUACUUCUUGUAAUAGAAUCUUUCCUUUACAAAACUAGGGAUCCAAAUAAAACAAUAACCAACAAUAAAUCUGGUGUAUGUGUCGCGAUUUGAGGUUUAGAGUGACCAAAGCACAGACAAGAGCUCAGGGGAGAUUAAAUUCAGGUGUGGACCAGGCUGUAAAGAACUGAGGGAAAGUGAAUAGUUGCUAAGGUGACAAGGCUAGAAACAAAACGAAACACGAAAGCUAAACCAUAACAUAAAUCCAGAGGGGAAAACAUGAGGGAAGCUAGACAGUAACAUAACCAAAGGAACCUGACUACAAAAACAAAACUAUAAAUAACAAAACUCAGGGAAAACAGAUCAAAGCAAAACUAUGGACGAAGAUAAUAAACCAAAAGAGACAUAAGAACCUAGAAUAAUCAUUAACUAAAGCAAACCGAGAAACUAAAGAGAAUAGAAGAAACACCAAAACCUAAUAAUUAACAAAGAACCCAUAAAGGAACUCUGACUGUAAAUAAACAAAACCUAAACCACAGAAAGGGAACCAGGACGAGGAGGAACAGAAAAAAUAAACUAGUAAACAAAGAGCGCAGGUGAACAAAUACCAAAACAUAAAUAAACACAGAUAUACUAAAUGGGAAACUAAACGAGAAACUACAAGGAAGACAAAUGAGCUAUAAUAACAACGAAUAUAAUAAUAGUCAUAAGAAAACCAUAACAAGUAAUAGAAAAGAAACCACUAAAAGAACUUUAGCAGGUAUUCAUCACCGUUAGCAUGCCUGCAUCUGUUAGCAACUCGUCUGCAGCCAGCAGCAUGGCUGGUUUUUAAUUUGUGCAUUACACUGCAUAGUCAGUUAAGGGUUUUAAUGUUAAAGAAAUGUUUGAAACAUCUGAGAUGUUAUAAUACAAACAACUGGGUGUUGUUUUAAUAUAUUCAUUAAAGUUUAUAUAUUGAGAAAUAAAUAUUAAAUUGAAAGUUUUUGAGAUUUUAUUAUUAAACGAAUUAACAUUUAUUAACACAUAAACAAACACAAAAGUAUUGGAAACUGGUACCAUCGAGUACCGGUAUCGAUUCCCAGGUACAGAUAAUCCGUAUUGUAUCGGUUCAAACGUGAAAGGUACCCAUCCCCUAGUAAGAUAAGUGCUUGGAAUGGAAAAAUCUGAGCUAAAAAUAAAACUCAAGAUUUGUACUUUAAUAUGUAAUGUAAUUUUCUUAUUGUUAGAAUUGAUAUUAUAAAACUGGUAUCGAAAAAAGUAUCGUUCAGGAACCGAUAUCGAAGUGAAGGUAUAGGUAUUGGUACCAGUAUCGAAUAUUUUUGAUUGAUGCCCAGCCCUGGUCCCAGCCCAUAACCCAGGGGUACAUGCAACAGGACUGGAGAAACAAGGACAAUGGACAAACUUCACUUUAAAGUAGCCACAAAAAAUUAACUGUUGCACUCUAAGUACGACAAACCACUCUAGAAUGAAUCCCGGUAAAAAAUCCCAGCUCCUUAGGUUGUUGAGCCAGGUCUGAUGGUAAGGUCCAGCAUAAGCAGCACAAAACUUUCAUCAGAACAUCAGAGCAUUACUGGGAACUUUUAGAAGAGCAGUUUCAGUGAAAUAAAGCCUAGGAUAACCUGCUUAAAGUGGUCAAGAAUAGUGUGCUGAUCCAGAGCUGCAGUUGCUGCUUUACCAAACCCUUUUCAAGAAUCAGAGCCAAAAAGCAGAAGCUUUGAGAUUAGUCUGUAUCUGCCAAAGAAAGAAGGGUCCAAGUUGUCUUACAAAAACAGGACGUAUUACCUCAGGUACUUGACCACGGGUCAGUGGAGCAUUCAUUGUAGAGAGACUGGGACACACACUGGGACCAAUGCACUGAAAUACGGUAUGUUGGGGAAAAGAUUUCAGGCAUAGAGCCCAGAAAGCAAGAGAACACUUGAGUUGUACCAACUCUUUCGGCUAGCUCAGUCAUAGACACUGGUCCAAAGCAGUCUAAAAUAACAGAUUAUUUUUGGAUGAUAUCUAUAUAAAUACAUGCUCCUUCAGCUAGGACUAAACCAGGGGAUAUUAUUUGCAGAACUGUUUCAAAUAUUGAGAGAUGUAAAUAGGUUUCUUGGUGUUCCACAAUGUUUUGAGCCUUCUUUAUUCAUUAGCCCUAUAUUUAAUCCCAGUUUCACUUCACUUCAGUACAAUUCAGUACAACAGUGGCUGCAUUCUGCUCGGAAAAACAUCUUUCUGAGCUGAUUACAGAUGUGGAGAAAAAAUACACGAAGUCUUUCAUCAUAAUACUGGGAGAUUUUAACAGAGCAAACCUCUCCCAUGAGCUCCCCAAAUACAGACAGCAUAUUAAG